GGGCAACCGCCUCCCGCUCACCUGCAGCUCCCCACCCCGAGGAGCAAACGCAGCUGGCCCGGCCGCGUCCGCUUUGCAAAAGCGCAACCCCCGGGGAGAGCGGCCCGAAUCGGUCUCGGGGCAGGAGGGCUCUGCCGGCCCCUGGGAGCGAGGAGGAGGUCAAAGCGCUGCCGAAGAGCAGCCGGGGGGCUGCAGCGGGGGCUGCCGGCCCAGGGGAGGAACCGGCCUUUGCUCCAGGGCUCCCCAGGCGCGUCUGUCCGCAGGAACCAGGGAUUCCCCCUUUGCGGUCCCUUUGCAGCUGCCCCCCGGCCGGGCAGCCGGUCUAACUCCCCUCCAGCUCCCUCACCAUGUUAGACGGGUUGAAAAUGGAAGAGAAUUUGCAGAACGCGCUGGAGACCUCGGCCCCGUUCUCCUCCUUGCUGGGCAGAGGCGUGAGCCCCAGGUCGGUGUGCGAGGGCUGCCAGAGGGUGAUCUCGGACCGGUUUCUGCUGCGGCUCAAUGACAGCCUGUGGCACGAGCAGUGCGUGCAGUGCGCCUCUUGCAAGGAGCCUCUGGAGACCACCUGCUUCUACCGCGACAAGAAGCUCUACUGCAAGCUCGACUAUGAGAAGCUGUUUGCUGUGAAGUGCGGUGGCUGCUUUGAAGGCAUCGCACCCAGUGAGUUCAUCAUGCGGGCCCAGAAGAGCGUCUACCACCUGACCUGCUUCUGCUGCUGCGUCUGCGAGAGGCAGCUGCAGAAGGGCGAUGAGUUCGUGCUGAAGGAAGGCCAGUUGCUGUGUAAGAGCGACUAUGAGAAGGAGAGGGAGCUGCUCAGCCUGGUGAGCCCGGCUUUGUCGGAUUCCGGUAAAAGUGAUGAUGAAGAGAGUCUAUGCAAAAUGGGUCAUGGUCCCGGGAAAGGCGCCGAGGACAGCAAGGAUCACAAGCGCCCCAAGAGACCAAGGACAAUCCUGACAACGCAGCAGCGGAGGGCGUUCAAAGCAUCAUUCGAGGUCUCCUCCAAGCCGUGUAGGAAGGUCAGAGAGACACUGGCAGCUGAGACGGGGCUGAGUGUGCGAGUCGUGCAGGUUUGGUUCCAGAAUCAGAGAGCGAAGAUGAAGAAACUUGCAAGGAGACAGCAGCAGCAGCAGCAAGAUCAGCAAAACACCCAGCGGCUCAGUUCAGCUCAGACAAACAAUGGUGGGAAUGCUGGCCUGGAGGGGAUCAUAAACCCAUACACCACACUGGCCCCACCACAACAUCUGCUGGCUAUUGAACAGGGCGUCUACAGCUCGGACCCCUUCCGGCAAGGGCUCACCCCGCCCCAGAUGCCAGGAGACCACAUGCACCCCUAUGGCGCUGAGCCCCUUUUCCAUGACCUGGAUAGUGAUGAUACCUCACUUAGCAACCUGGGCGACUGUUUCCUAGCAACUUCAGAAGCUGGACCGCUGCAGUCAAGAAUGGGAAAUCCCAUCGACCAUCUGUACUCCAUGCAGAACUCCUAUUUCACUUCUUGAACCUUGUCUGUGUCACCUGGCCAGGCACAGGCGUCUAUGACAUUACAGGCUAAACCCACUUCAGAUAUGGCGGGCAAGGGGUUUAUGUUGCUGGAAUGCUGUCAGACAAUAUUUUGUAGCUCAGUAUUUCCAAAGACUGACUAAGUUAUGGAUCGCAUAGUGUAAUGUUUUUAUUAGAAUUCUAGUAUUAGAUAUUAAGUGUUUGUUAGAGCUGGGCUGCUAGGUGUUUUCAACUUGAAAUUUCAACUAUGGGGGAAAAACAGGUUAAACAUUUCUAUGAAAUUUUGACAUCCCCCAUCUCCUGUUUGCCCCCCUGUCCAGCUAUAGAAAGGAUUGAUUUAGGAAACAAUUAUUCAUAUAUUUAUUUAUUUUUUAUUUUGAAAUUUAGACUGAAUUUUGAUGGGGAAAGAAAAAAACAGGAAACACUUUGUGCAAAGUUUUCACAAUUCCGUUAUCCGCACCCUCCUCCUGCGGUUUAUGGGAUUUAUUUCAGCUAAGUUCUCUGACCUGCGACAUAUAAGUCAGACAAGAUGAUUGCAUUGAGUGACCUUCUGGCCUUAGAGUUUCUGACCAUACGAUUUCAGUCCUCCUGUAAAAAUGGUCCAAAACUUUUCAAAUUUUGUAAUUUUGGCAAAAUUUGAUGAAAAAACAGGGGAAAUUUCAAAGAAAUGUUCGCCAUUUUUUUCCUGUUUCUCUACCAGCUCUAGUGUUUAUUGAUGAAAACAGGGACUUUUAAUAUAGACAUUCUCAUGCAAGUUUAGACAUCUAGAAACUCCUAAUCUGUCUCUCACUAACUGGGAAAUUCCUGGAAAAAGAUAGGUAUGUUUGGGUGUAUGCCUAUGUGCCUGCACAUGGGGUGGGUGUGUAAAUGUAUGUACUGCACAGACACACCUGCAUAUAGUAUCAACAAAGUUUAUUCCUAAUUCUAUCAGAAAUGUACUGUACAGCAAAAGUAACUUUAUUUUCAGCGUGAACCAUAUUUAAGGAAAUGCUUGAUGCACUUAAGUUAUAAGACAAUAAUUUACUUUUAUAAAGGUUAUGUUUAGUUUGCAAAAGCCCAGCGGCAGGGAAGGAACACUUGAUUCCUUGCAGUUGAGAGGUCUUUGGUGCUUUCCAUCUGCUUGGUUGCUUUUAAAGGUUGGUUAUAAUCCAAAGAGUGUCCAUGUCAGUCAUUGGAGCCUGAUCCUGGGCCCACUGAAGCAAAAGGCAAAAUUCUCAUGGACUUUAAUAGGGCAGGAUCGAGCCCUGUAUCUGCUCUGCUCCCUCUGUGUCUCUGAGUCACAGCUGCUGGCUUCACUGACCAUCUCAGGAGUUUUCCAUUCCUAGCCCACCCAGUAGGAGCCAAUAAAGCGAUGGACGAGUGAGAUGGAAUAUGUUCUGCCCCAUGCAUCAUCAGCAAGUGGAUUAGCCCUAGACAACUGCAGAUCUGGUGACCUGCACAGGAUCUCGAUUCUCCCAGUAAGGACCUGAUCCAAGGCCCAUCAAAGUCAAUGGAAAAACUCCCAUUGGUAUCACUGUGCUUUGAAUCAGACCCUGGAAGGAGAACAGGAAGUAGUUUUUCAUGAUCUUGGGGAGAGUAUGCAGAUCCUUGUGUGAACAUUUGCCGGGGGCUGUAUUUGACCUUGGGCCAACCCUGAUCAGCUAAGCUCAGAUGGCAGAAUCUAAGGGCUGGUCUACACUGGGAACUUGCAGCUGCACAGCUACGCAUAAGUGCUGGAACUAGGGGUGCUGCCACACUCCCUGGCUUGAAGUGGUUUCCAUCGUAUCCAGGUUUACAGUUUGGUUCAAUUGCUCUCAGCAUCUGCACUGUACAAAUUUCUCCAGCACCCCUGCAGCUAUGUCGCUCAGGGGUGUGAUAAAUCCACACCCCUGAGCAACACAGUUAAACCGACCUAAUCCUCUGUGUAGAUGGCGCUAGGUGGAUGGAAAAAAUUCUUCUCUUGACAUAGCUACUGCCUCUCAGGGAGGUGGAUUGCCUAUGCGGAUGGGAGAACCCAUCCUGUUCAGCACAGAUAGUGUCUACACUGAAGUGUUGCAGCUGUGCCACUGUAGCGUUUCAGGUGUAGACAAGCCCUACGUUGCUGCUGCAGCUGAGCACAGAUGGAUUUUCAGUACCCAAGCGAGGAGUGUGAAGCCAGCACUUUGGGUUUUCUCAUGCGAAUGCUUAGUUUGCGGCCAGAUGGGGUGUGAAUCUACACUGCACUAGCUGUCCAUGCCGACCCUGCUGACAGGCACUAACCGUUCCCUACUGCAUUUUCAUCUUCUCCAGUUGCAAAGCAGGCUAGAUCAAAAUGCACUUACAGGACCUUUGGUGCUCAGCAAGCCCAGGUGUCAAUCUACCCAGCAUUAGCUUGCCGCACCCUAAGUGUUUGCAUAGAUGAGCCCUGAGAAACACCCUCUAUUUGGACCUGAUCCAAAUCCCAUUGACAUCAGAGGGUUUCUGAUCGAGCCCUUCAUUUGAAAACGGAGGCUCAACUCUGGAUCCAAGUGAGCUAUUCUUCCGCCUCUGGAAGAGAGAAUACAUAUGGAGCCUCACACGGUCACUUUUCUUUAAGCAAUGGGUUACCCUGCUCUUUGCUUCCCCAGUGCAGCACAAAAGCAUGAAGUGUCAAUGUCCCGAUGGUCUUUGGGACAAAUCAAGUGUGGGAGGGCUGCCUGCUUACCACCCACAUGCUCCGUUGAACCACUGGGGAAGCCAUGGGCACCUUGGCAGAGUUUUUCUUAGAAUCAAUCCCUCUGCUGAGGCAGGUGCAGAUGAGUCCUUAUCCUAUUAUAGUUUAUGUGUUGUGUAAUUUUGUGCUGUUGUUAUGGAUAAAUUAUGCAAACAACAAAAUGUAAAUGAAUGAAAGUAACUGUGGUGCUGUACUGUCCAGCUAGCAGCCAUGUUAAAGACCUGACACUGAAUGUUACGAGGGGCUAAUGGAUGAAAAUGACACACCAUUGGAACUGAUGUACGAAGAUUAAAUU